UCAAAGUCUCUACUCUGUGCAUAACUGGUAGACGGAUGGUUCGCCAGCCAGCCACCGCAGCUGCUUGUUGCUGGCCGGCACCGUAGGCCCCGCUGCAUGAACAAGUCUCAUCUCUACGACGUACUGCGCCAAUCUUGCGGAUCUGUUUCGACCCGCGUACGUGUGUGGUAUUCCACCGGGCUUUGCUAUUCCUGUCUGUUUGUUUGUUUGGUAUGGAGUCGGGAGUGCGUACACGUAGUCAGUCACUGAGUGUUAGAUACCACGUACGUAGCGUACGGCAUUGCCUCUCUGCCGCGAGAUAUUCAGGGAUGAUACGACGGCAGCGUUGCAAAUCAUGCGGUACCGAGCCCGUAUCCAUCGAAAAUGCUUGUUGAGCUGAGUCGGGUCUGGCUAUGCUAUGCUAUGCUGUGCUGUACUGUGCUUGUUGACCACGCAACAUAGAGCUGCCGGGGUGCAACAGCUCUCAGGGGAAACUCGAGGCGAGCAGGAACAUGAACAUGAUCAGAAACCGGAACCGGGGCCAGGAGACUGGGCGCCAUGCCAGACUCUGGAAGGAAGAAGGAAGAGACCAAAGCUUCGAGACGUUGAGGGAGCUUGGGCCAGUUUGCGGGCCUCUCCUUCUUCCGGUACGUACCUCGUGUACAUGCUCAGGCAGGGAAGUAGGUACCUAAGUACUUGCAUAGCAUACAGUGUACGUACCUCACCUUCCCUACACCUGAGUAGGAUUCUGUUGGCUGCUUCCCGCACCAUACCACACCACACCACACCACACCACACCACACACCAACAAACACGCACCACUAAACACACACACUCACACUCACACUCAUACUCACACUCACACGGCAACCCUCACUCACUCACUCAGCUCACUGCUCGCAGCUUACGGCUCAUACUCGCAGGACGCAGGAGAGCUCUCACACUCGCACCACUGACAGCCGUCACUCCUACACCUCAAUCCACCUCAAUCGAGCCAUCUUAA